AUGACCACACAUGAUACUCUUACAGUUCUCUCUUCUAUUCCUUUGACCAAUGACACUAUUAUAUACGGUGAUCUUAAUUCACGUUUGGGUUCCCUUACUGAUGACUAUGCUACUAACACUCAAGGUUUUGCUCUUUGUCAAUGGCUAGAGGAAUGUGCUCUUACUGUUGUCAAUGGCCAGCUCUCACCAUGCAUACCUACAUUCAUUUCAUUCUGUCAAAAUGUAGAGAUAAGCAGUAUCAUUGAUCUGUUUCUCACUAAUAUGUCCCUUACCAACACCAUUCUCAACAUUCAUACCAAUCUCUCACUUAACUCUGACCACUGUCUACUUUCACUUUCAUUUACAUAUGCUAUCAAUUCAACAUCACAUGCACCACUACUAUCUUGCAAAACAUGGAACCUCUCACAUCUUAAAGAACCUGAUGUUCUCAAACUAUAUGCCCACACAUUUGUCACUAAUUUUGCCAACCUUAAAUCUACUUUGCAAUCGACCUUCAAACACUCUCCUUUCUCACGUCCACCAAUUUAUACACUAACUGAUGAAUUUAACUCACUCAUUUACAAUUCUUUAAGUAGCUCAAUUGACAAUUUCCUCCCCGUCCUUCCCACAGGAAAAAAUUCUGGAAUUCAGCACUCCAAGCAGCUGCAGAGCACCACAAUUUCUGCUACAAGAAAUGGCGCCAUGCAUGUAGCAUAUACAGAAUCCAUUGGUGAGAUAAACAUCUUAAAGCACAGGCAGAUUUCCAACAUCAACAACUUAAACGACGACAUCAAUCUCAGCAUGUGUUUUAACACAGUGAUGAACCAGCAACAGCAGCAACAAUUAUGUCGCCCUCCUCCUCCUCAUCUUCACAGCAUCAGUCUGCCUUUUGCCUCUGCCAACUUGCCAUUUGUUUCUUUUGUGGUAGAGGAAUGCAUGCAAUUUAUGCCUAACCAGAAUUUCUGA